AUGAAGGCUACAUUGUCUGCUAACCCUGUUUCAUUUCCUAAUGACUGUAUUAUCAGCGCAAUAUAUGGUGGUAACAAAAGGCUGACAUUCAUUCAACCAGGAGACAAAGCUUGGACUUACAUAGAUAGAGAGAGAUAUACACUCAUCUUUGAUGUAAUAUAUUAUAAAGGUCAAAUUUUUGCAGUUGAUUAUUGGAAUGGAAUCAUAAUGGUUGAUCUUAACACAAGGGUUGGGGAGAAUUAUGACGACGAUGAUUUCCAACAUAAAACUGAUGAUUGUCUAGUUUUCAAGGUGAUUUUACAAAAAAUUAAUGAAGAGGGUUGGCCGGAGCAGGUUGAAGUGAAGAGCUUAGAUGGAGACACCUUGUUUUUGGGAGAUAACCAUUCAGUAUGUGUUUCAGCUUCCAAAUGGCCCGGGUGCCAACCCAAUUCCAUAUACUACACAGAUGAUUAUAUUGAUGUUAAAUCUCAUCUCCCACAUGGGCGUCGUGAUAUUGGCAUCUUCAACGUAGAGAAUGAUAGCUUUGGGACGCAUUACAUUCUUGAUCCUUCACAUAAGCAUAUGCCGCCCUCAAUUUGGAUUGUGCCAAUCAUAAAUGGAAAUUGA